AUGGCAAGUUUCGUGUGGUGUGUUGCGAUUCUUUCGCUGCCAGCCAUUUUUGCUUUGGCUCCUUUAACGGGCGAAAAGGCAGCGACCCUACGUGAUGCGCACGAUGACAGUGGUUACGUUAUGCAGAAAGUGUCCGUACCUGUUUCCUAUAAUCUGUACCUCGAUAUAACUAAUUACGACUUCUAUUCGUAUACGGGCACAGUGGAAAUCUUGAUGCGUUACACAGGAGAGGGAAAUCAGUUUUAUCUAAACAAUGCCGGCGUAGUUAUCGACGAGGAAAGUGUUACCGUUACCAGAUCGGAUGGUUCUAAUCUACCCGUAUCCAACAUUGUCUACAUGGACCAAUAUGAGCAAAUCUACUUCGGAUUCGCCGAACGACUCCAAACAGGAGAAAACUAUCGGAUUAAGAUCGACUUUUCGAACAGUAUAGGAACAGAACUGAAAGGCCUAUACAGGAGCAGCUACUUGAUAGGAAACACGACCAGGUACUUGGCCACAACCCAUUUUGAGGCAACAUAUGCUCGUACGGUAUUCCCAUGCUACGACGAGCCAUCGUAUAAGGCAACAUUCAACGUUCAAAUCCGCCACAGGUCCGAGUACACCGCUCUUUCUAAUAUGCCAGCGAUUGAUAAAGUACAGGAGGGCGAUUACACCGUGACUACGUUUGGAACUACACCACUAAUGUCGACAUAUCUGCUCGCCUUUGUCGUUUCGGACUUUAAAACCUUGUCAGAAGAGGCGGAUCGCUUUCGAGUUUUUGCUGCAGAACAUAAAGUGGAACACACUGGGUACGCAUUGGAGUUUCUUGGAAAAUCGCUACGGUCACUGGAAACCUUCUUUGGCCAUCAGUACCAGCUGCCCAAAGUGGAUCUCAUAGCCAUACCCGACUUUGCGAUGGGUGCCAUGGAAAACUGGGGCCUGAUUACGUUCCGCGAGCAGUACUUGAUCUUUGAGGAGGACGUGACAACUGCGCGGACGAAGCAGAACAUUGCGGAUCUUAUAACGCACGAGCUGACGCACAUGUGGUUUGGCAACGAAGUAACACCAGAGUGGUGGACAUACUUGUGGUUAAGCGAAGGAUUUGCUCGUUACUUCGAGUACUACAUUACGUCGCAGCUUGAGCCCACAUGGAACCUGUGG